GAAAUGGCUAAAGCCACCAACAUGGCGCAGCAUCUUUUUAUUUCGUCCGAUUCCAUUUAUGAUACCAAUAUCAUCAAACGUGAAGAUUUAAGUGAUUUAAAAUUGAUUGACUGUGGAGGAUUUGGAAUUGUCUUUAAGGGAAUAUGCAACAAAGGAAAGGAGAAUGAACAAGUUGUUGCAAUAAAAUAUCUUACUCGUAAAGAGACACCGCAAGUGAAAAAAGAUUUUUUUAGAGAGGUUAGUUGA